AUGAAUGAACCAUCACAACAAAGCUAUGGAAAAUAUAGUACCAAAGUAAAAUUUUCAUAUCCUAAGGGUCAAUCUUCAUUCCAAUUUGGACGUUUAGGAAUAGAAGAUUCUUACUUGACUGGUACACUCCAUCUUCAUUUUAAUAAAUUGUUUGUCAAUCGAAUUAUUUUAAAAUUUACUGGCACCGAGCAUGUAUAUUGGACUGAAACAAGAACAAGGAGUAUUAGCGAUGGGUGUCACACUGAAACAUAUUCAGCUACCAAUAUUUUAUGUUGUUUAUCUACACCAGUUCCUGUACAUUGGGUAGAAUAUGAUACCGAAAAAGCCAUCACAUCAAAUGGUAUAGGUUAUAACAUUCAUAUGGAUGAUAUAAAUUUUGGACCUAGUAAUCCAAUAAUUGUUUAUGUAAAAUUGAAAUUAUAUAAUCCUAAAUUAAAGAUCAAAGAAAUUUUUGUUGGACUAAAAAAAUAUUCUAGCUUUAGUGCCCAAGGUAGUUCAAAGCAUGAGAAUGAGUAUGUAUUAAAAAAACAAGUUAUUGGAGACAAAAUUACAUGGGAUAAUUAUAAUGAAUGUCAGUAUACUUUUGUAUUGGAUAUUCCCGAAGAUAUGGAAAAAUUUGGACAGACGAUCAAACUUGAGCAUAUUCUUAUAGCUCAUAAGGUUGAAAUCAAGAUUAAAAAAGAAGGAAUGGAUAUUGAUUUAGAACAUGAUGUGAGGAUUGAUAAUUUUUUGUCUGCAACUUCAUAA